GUACCUCGGGAGCGAGAUCUGCCUAAAGCGGAUAUCGGAGGAGCAAGCAAAGCCGACAUUGGGAAACAAAGCUGGCAGAGGGGUACGGACAACUACUCUACGUCUGUAUCUUGACAGCUCGUGGCCCAGCAAAGCGACGAGCGAGGAUGUCCGAAAUCCAGUUAAAACAGUGUCGGCAGGGUAGCUUAGCUAUACUUCGGGACUCAAAGACUAACUUUGAGGACCUGCCCCCAGAUGUUCUGUCUGAGCUUGGCGUCUCACGGCCGCCUGCGAUGGAGAUUGAUGCACCAGGAGGUAUGAUGGAGCCAGGGGGGCUAACGGGGCCGAUGGAGGUGGUACCUUCGACAACCCCAAGCAUCGCAGAGCCCUCUAUGGGCAGCUCGAUGGCGAAGGGGGUGAGGUUGGGCGAAAAGGAGUCGGAUCCGCAUCUAGGUGGUGGGGAACAACGAACUCGAUCGGGAUUGGACAUGGAGCCGCCAAAUACGAUGGAGGCUGAAGUAAUCCCUAUGGAUCUUGUUGAACCUCAGCCAUCAAGCAAGGUCCAGGUAGGCGGUGCUUCGGAGAGGCCUCAGACGCCGCCGCCAUCGAGCUUCAUGAAGCGCCCUCGGCCUGCAGUUCGGUCGCCUACAUCGCCCCCUACACCCGUCUCCAAGAUUGGCCCGUCAGGUUCGAAGUCAUUGCUUGAGCGGUUAAAUCCGGACGAAGGAGAAAUGAAUGUGCUGGGGACUGGGCGUGGCCUGGGUGGGGUGGGGGCCACAGCGCUGGAACGUGGAAGAGGCCGUAGAGGGACUUUUUCGAGUCACCCUGCCUCCGCACGGCCUCAUCCGAGAGGGGAACUUCCAUAUCCACGUCGGGCACGAGCACCACGUCGCCCAGUGUUGCCUGUUCGUGGACGUUCACCAUUGCGUUCGCGUUCUCGUUCCCGUUCGCGUUCUCGUUCCCGUUCGCCUUCCCCUUCCAGAAGUCUGCACUCGCGCUCGCCCAUGGGAAUGCGUUUUUGCUCUCAUUCCCGUUAUCCUCUCCGUUCUCGCUCCCCUUCUUAUUCCCACUCCCGCCUUCGUUCUCGUCCUCGCUCUCGCUCUCGCCCUCGCCCUCGCCCUCGUUCUCGUUCUCGUUCUCGUUCUCGUUCUCGUUCUCGUCCUCGUCCUCGUUCCUACUCUCCUUCACGCACUGAGAGAAGCGAUUCCAUGAUAUUGUAACGUGAUAGGCCAAGAUUUUGCGAAAAGUCCUGACCAUUGUGCGAUUAUUGGAAACAAGACGUUGUCCGUUAUCAUGUAACUUCGCGGACUGCUACCUUCAGGCCCAGUGGAAUAGGAUUUUUAUCCUGAUCUUUUACA